CAUGAUGCAUAAACAACUUCUGUUAGGCGUAUUAUUAAUAUCAUUUGUGCACGCAGAUCUUUUGAUCGAUCUUCCGGAUGGCACAAUUCGUGGAUACGAAACCACAACCGAAAACUAUACCUACUAUGCUUAUCGCGGUAUUCCGUUUGCAAUUCCUCCUUUAGGAAAUUUGAGGUUUCAGGCUCCAGUGCCAAACGCGCCAUGGGACGGAAUUCUAGACGCUACUGAAGCGAAAGAUUGUUGCAUAUCGACGAGUUUUUCUCUAAGUGGGCCGGCAGAAAGUGAGGAUUGUCUUUAUAUUAAUGUCUACACGCCUGCGAGAAAUAUUACAGAGAAAUUACCAGUAAUGUUCUGGAUAUAUGGGGGCGGAUUUACAACCGGAUGUUCCACUGAUAUCUUCUCGGGGGAUCCUCAUCCUCUCGUAACCGAAGACGUUAUUGUGGUUACAUUCAAUUACCGUCUUGGUCUGUACGGUUUCUUAAGUACCAAUGAUAGCGUAAUUUUGGGUAACGCUGGACUCAAGGACCAACUAUUAGCGAUGAAGUGGACGCAGAAAAACAUUGAAUAUUUUGGUGGCGAUCCAGAAAAAGUGACAAUAUUUGGUGUGAGCGCAGGUGGCAUGUCAGUCGGAGCACAUAUUGCGAACAAGAAAUCGGCAGGAUUAUAUAGAGCAGCGAUUUGCCAGAGCGGUUGUUCUUUGACGAGCUCGGCACUAACGUCUCAAUCAGAUCCGAAGCAAGUUGCUUACGACGUCGCCAGAUCUAUAAACUCAUCUAUUUCCGAAAACAGCGAGGAAAUCAGAAAUUUCCUGCAGAGUCAACCAGCUGAUGUGUUGAGUAAUGCUUUCAGCGCAAACUCCCAAGCGGGCCCGGUAAUAGAAGUUGAAGACGAUGAUGCAUAUAUAACGGAUCGUCAGUUCGGAUUGAUCGAGUCGGGAAACUUUAACCAAGUACCUCUACUGAUGGGAACAACUUCCGGCGAAUCACUUACGUUUUACGGAAUUUUACUGCCGGAAUUAAUCGUCGCUGCCCUUGCUUAUGAUUUGAACCCGCAGUAUUUAAUACCCACAAGAUUAAAUCCUUUGCCGGGUACUGAUUUAACCGAAGUUGGAGAAUUAAUCAAACAGGCAUAUACCAACCAGUCAUUUCUAUUGAAUUUGGCAUCUUUUGUUGAGUUUACCAGCGACAAUUUGUUUGUAAGAUCGUCUCUCAAACAAGCUGAACUUCAAUCCAAUUAUUCUCCUGUAUACUUUUACCAGUUUUCUUUCUCUGGAACAUUAACUCAUAUACAUGCCACUGUUGAAGGCGCUGGAAAAAUAGGUCAUGGAGAGGACGUGCUUUAUUUGUUUGAUAUCUUUCCGUUAACCACAGACGAGGAGCUUCUAACUAGAAGCAGAAUGACCAGAUUAUGGACCAAUUUCGCGAAGACACUGAAUCCCACACCGGAUGAGUCGGAUCCUCUCCUCAAUAUAACGUGGCCUCAAGUUUCGGGUUCAAAUAUUCCUUACCUGGAUAUAGAUACGACUCUUGAGAUCAAGCCCGGUAAAAAGACAAAUGAAAUGGCAAUGUGGAACAAAGUUUACUACACAUACGGGCAACAGCCGUUUAUAGGAUUCUGAUUUUUCGAGAGAUUUACUAAAAAAAAGUCUUUAAUCCCAA